UAAAAAUCUUUAACCUUUUUGCCUCUUCUUCUUCUAAAACCCCUCUUUUGUCUGCAACUGAAAUUCCACAGCCUCCCAAAUUUUCUCUCCCAGAAAUAAAUCAAACCAUAAAUUAAUCACAAACCCGUCUAUUAUUUUUGGUAUUAUUACAGAAAGGAAGAAAAUUUGGGGGUAAUUUUGUGUGUAAUCAUGGUGGAAGGGGAAGAGGAAAAAUCAUCAACAGAAAACCCUAAAUUGAAAGAGUCCUCCUCAAUGUGUGAAGAAUGUAAAGAAAAUCCAUGGAAAUACAAGUGCCCAGGUUGUUUAAUUCGUUCAUGUAGUCUACCAUGUGUAAAAUCACACAAAAAGAGAACUUCUUGUACUGGUAAAAGACCUCGUGAUGAAAUCAUUCCGUUGUCACAGUUCGAUGAUAAUCUUCUCAUCUCUGAUUAUAGAUUCUUAGAAGAAGCUAAACGAGUAGCUGAAUCUGCGAAGAGAACGAGAAAAGCUGUAUUUGGUGAUUCUUUGGGGGAGGCUAAUAGGUUGCCAUUUAGGAUUAUUAAACUUAGAUUAGCAGCGGGAAAAAGAAGAACACAACUUGUGUUUCUUCCAGAUGGAAUGUCUAGGAGGGAAAAAAACAUGUCCUCUUACCAACACAGGAAGGAGUCCAUUACAUGGACGAUUGAGUGGCGGUUUCAUUCAACUGAUGUAGCAUUAGUUGACAACAGGGUAGAUGAACGUACUAAACUCUGUUCAGUAAUUGAGAAGCAUCUAAAGCUUGGUCCCUGGAAUCAUAAGCUGAGGCCAUUCUGCGAGGAGCAGUUAGAUCGUCUUAAAUUCUUCAUUCGCAUAAAUGCAAAGCGUCCCGAGUCUUCAUAUCGCGAAUUGGACAUAAAAUCCUCAAUAUCCCAACAGUUAGCCAAUACACUCAUUGUGGAGUAUCCUGUGAUUUAUGUAUUUCUUCCUUCUGCCAGCUUUGAUUUUAAAGUCGUUAAAGAUGCAGCUCCUCCCCCAUACAAGUUAAGUGAACCUAAUUCCCCGAUCCCGGAACGUGUUACCUUUAAGGUAGAAGAACCAAAGGAAGAAGAGGACCCGCAGAUAUUAGAUCCUAUAAAGUGUGUGAAUGCAGAAUCAAUGUUUAGGAGGGAAACAGAAGAUACUGAUGAAUUAUUCUUUUCCAAUUUUGAGGAUUUGAAACUCCCAGAAAAUUCCGUUUUUAACUUUGAACAAGAUCUUAGAGAUGCUUACGCAGGGCUUAUUGGAGAUAUCAAUCCUGAUGACUUUCUUGAUCUUGAUGGUGAGUUUCCGCAAGGUUUUAGCGACAAAGAAUUGGAAGAAGGUGAGAUCCCUGCAUGAUGCGAGUGCAGUUUUCAAGAGGUGCAUCUGUUGGAAAUCUUUUAUUUUCGUACCAUACAUGCAUCAUCUAAGCUAAGUGUGCAUCUCCUCUAAAUGAUGGUGGACAAAACCGAAAGUCCUGGCAUAUAUUAGUUUUAUCGGCUGAAUUUAAGUUUUGGAAAUGAACACAAUUGGAGUUGUAACUAUCAAUAUUGAGCAUCAACUUCUUUUUGUGUCAGUUACUUCCUAGCCUUGCAGGUUUGAUACCUGAAAUAUGUUUUUUCUUUUGCAUAAUGAGAAAUAUCUUCAGGCUCAUAUGUACCAGUACUACUGCAAUUUUCCGGAAUGAAUGUUGGUAGUCUAUACUUCCCCAGAA